CGCCGAGUUAAGCACGCCGGGAGUACUAGGCGCUCGACAUGAGGGUUCUGAUCAGUCUGCUGCUGAUAGCGGCGUUGGCAUACGCCGAGGAGGCGAAACCCGCAGCCGCGGAGACAAAACCCGAGCCGAAAAAGGACAAGCGUGGUCUUCUUCUGGGUGACUUCGGUCAUGACUUUGGCUACUACGGAUACGGCCACUAUGACGCUCACCCUCACCAUGUACCCGCUGUACAUCACGUACCUGUUCCAGUUCACCACACCGUCGUCAAGACUGUCGGCGUUCCAGUCCACGUGCCGAAACCAUACCCCGUUCACGUGCCCGUAGACCGCCCUUACCCAGUUAAGGUGCCAGUGGAGGUGCCGAAGCCGUACCCAGUGGCCGUACCAGUGCCGCAGCCGUACCCCGUUGUACACACGAAGCAUGUGCACGUACCGGUCGACAGGCCUUACCCGGUGCAUGUGCCCGUUAAGGUGCCCGUUCACGUGCCAGCUCCUUACCCCGUCAAGGUGCCAGUGGCCCACCCGGUGCCGGUAGCGGUGCCCCACCCGGUGGUCGUCAAGGAGAAGAUCCCGGUCUACAUCAAGGAACACCAUCACGACCAUUACGGACACGGCCACUUCGAUCAUUACGGCCACGGCUUCCACGGCUUCCCGUAA